UUGAACCGCUAGGACGAUUCAGUGAUUUCGCUCGGACUGUAUUAGCGUGCACGUAAGCUGUCUAUCUCGGCCGGAACGAAUUGAACGCGAUAGCGGCUUGUCAGUGCAGUGCGGUACCCGUGUACUUCUGCCCCGAAAAACACUCCUAUCUACUACUAGUAAACCGGCAGAAAUCGCAACCAUCGAUUGCGUCACCGUUUUUGUAGUAACUGUAGCCGGUAACACCAUGUAGUAUGUUGUAGCAGUGCCAAACGGUGAUGAUCGACACUCGUGCUAUCGCUUACCGUCACCGUCGGAUUUAUUAUCACCCGCUUUGAGCGGCAGGUGUUUACAGCUAGGGGGCAAAAAUUUACGUGUGAAUUAUGGCAAUCCGGCCGUUUCGCCUGCUGAGAGUAUAAGUGAUGACUGAGAAGACAAGAGGAGGGUAUCUGUGGGGAAAUCUGUGCAGAUUUGAUAAAUUAGUGCUCGAUGAUACAUCAGCGGUGUGAAAAACAAAAUUCCCUGUUUGGUUGUGAUACCGCACACCAGAGUACGUGGAUCAAAUGCCACCCACCAAAAUAAUAGGAAUCUGUGCCAUGUCAUCGUUGCGGUUGCUGGAAUGUAAAUAUAGUGCCAUUCGCAUAAAAAAUCAAACGAAACACACAUAAAAAAUGUAAAUACCAAUAUCUGCCGCAAACCACGUGUAAGGUCACUGUUUGAUCGGUGGAUUGUAGUGGAAUGGUGUUAACGGAAGAGUGGAAACUGCGUGCCAUAAUUAAUUCAGUGCGAAAUUCAACUUCCUAAACAACGCGGAUUUACUGCCUGUUCCCGGAUAUGGAGGCCGUGACUGCUGUCGCCCGGAGAGCACGCUCCCGGGAAAAACACAUCCAGGAUAACAUUGACUCAGAGAACUGCCAUCUGGAUGAUCUAUACACUCGGUACCGGCAGCGAUUGCGAAAGUCGUUAUUCGUCUCCGGGCUGGGAAUAUCGAUAGUCUCCUGUCUGGUAUCAGUCGUGCUGUGCCAGCUGCAAAAAGCGAUUGUGGCCGAUCUGGCGUUGCUCACCUUCGCAUCCCUGGUGCUGUGUGGAAUUCUGGUGGCGCUGCAUUUCCCACUGGUGAUGAACUCACCCUUCGCGGCCCUCGGAUUCGCCCUGUUAACCACCGCCACAAUCGCAACCAUUGCAAUCGCAGUGGGGGAACAGCUGGCACCACUUCCUAUGUUUGCACUCAUCUUGGGUGUUCAUACGAUGCUGCCCAUUUCCUGGCCGGUGUCGGUGGUGUUGGCAGUGAUCCUGAGUUUGGUUCACAUCAGCUACCGCCUUUGGUCGGGAGUGCAUGACCUGCCGACCUACUUUUUUCCCCAGCUGCUGGCGGAAAUGAUAUUCCUAGCGUCGGCUUCCGUCCUGGGCUUGUACUAUCGCAUCAUGUCCGACUCAGCCCACAUCGAUGCAGUGGACGGCACCCGGACCGGAAUCGAGCAGCGAGUCCGGCUGGAAUGCGAACGGGAACAGCAGGAGCAACUGCUGCUGAGCGUUAUACCGGCCUACAUUGCAGCCGAGGUGAAACGCAGCAUCAUGCUGAAAAUGGCGGACGCUUGUCAGACAGCCGGUGGCCAAAGUGGCCGAACACGGUUUCAUGAGAUGCACGUUCAACGCCACAACAACGUGUCCAUACUGUAUGCGGACAUUGUAAACUUCACACCCCUCUCGGAGCAACUGACCGCAUCCGAUCUGGUCAAAACACUCAACGAGCUGUUCGGACGAUUCGACCAAAUUGCACAGGAAAAUCAGUGCCUGCGCAUCAAGAUCCUAGGUGAUUGCUACUACUGCGUGUCGGGACUUCCGGUAUCACGGCCUCAUCAUGCCGCCAAUUGUGUCAACAUGGGGUUGCAAAUGAUAGACGCUAUACGAUUCGUCCGCGAGGCGACAGGAUUCAACGUUGACAUGCGUAUAGGAAUUCACACUGGCAAUGUGCUGUGCGGGGUGCUAGGACUACGCAAGUGGCAGUUCGACGUGUGGAGCGACGACGUUACCCUGGCAAAUCAUAUGGAAAGUGGAGGCGUAGCUGGACGUGUUCACAUCACGAAAGCAACGUUAGAUUAUUUGGGAGAUAAAUUCGAAGUCGAACCUGGAGGAGGCGCCAGCCGAGAAUCGUAUCUAGCGGAUCACAAAAUUGAAACAUAUCUCAUCGUACCUCCGAAGAAGGCGACAAACGACCUGCCGAAGCCAUCACCUAUCUCGAACGCGCACACCCCGUCGCCCACCACCAUCCAAAUUAACGAACCGGAUUCUCUGGACACCGUUUCGUUGGGUGAACCCCCAAAAACACCCAAAACGCCACGAACACCCAAAACUCCGGAGGACUUGCGGCGGUCCCACGCAUCCAUUCCCGAAGAGCAAGAACAAUUGCUGCCACCUCCAACCCUGGCCGUUGUAGUCCCCAGCCUCCCGGUAAAUCCGUUACCGCCACCUUCUCCAUCGCCACUAAUCAAGCAGGCCAGCAUUACCAUAACCACCGAGACAAUCAACGAGGAAACGACUGAAAACGGUGACGACGGGGAGCAGCAGCCGAGCAAAAAAUCCUGCCUCACACUGCCGGUAGAGCCUAUCACCACCAACGGACAUCUGCCCGAACGGGUCGGCAGCCGGAAAUUGUCGGUGCAAGGCCUGAUUGCGUUUGCCGAGCGGCGGAAAUCUACCAGUUCCAUAUUCGGUGAUAUGCGUAAAAUGUCCAUCACCAACAUCGACUGCCUGCGGUCGCCGAUGGUAGCCACCCCGGGGCCACUGAUGCGCAACCGACCGUCCAAUAAGAUGACCAAAUACGUCGAAUGCUGGGGUGCGGACAAACCGUUCGCGAACAUAACCGACUCGAAAAUGGCGCGAAACAUCGGAUUAGCGAGCAUCGCCAUGAUUGAAUCGAACAUUUUACCGGACGACCACCACUUCAGCGAGUGCCAGUGCUGGGGACCGCCGAAAGAACUGCAACCGGUGACGAUGAGGUACCGGAACAGUGCCCGGGAAGCGAUGUUCCGCGCACAGCCAGACACAAACUUUAGGUUCGAUCUCGUUUGUUCGUCUAUCUUGUUUCUAACGAUUGGAUUGAUUGAAAUAGUAGUAUUUAAAAGCAAUGUAGUCGUUAUUGGUUCACUCAGUGCAACAACGGUAGCGUUAGGUCUAUUUUUAUAUCUUAGCAACUAUCAAAUGUCUGAUCUGUCUCCGCCCGGAAACAAUGGCCCCGGUCAGGUCAUCGCCGCCAGCCGAACCCUACGGAUAGCAAUAUUUUUAAUUUCGACAACGCUGAUAGCAGCUUGUGCCAUAUUUAGUGUGAUAAAUUUUGAUGAUCUGGUGAUAGCAGAUGUACAUGUGGUUAACAAUACUACCGAGAUGGUAACAUUCGAGGUGGAAUACGCCCCGGUAGCACCCGUUUACCUUUACAUGAGCGCCAUCAGUUUGGCGACGGUAUCUGCCUUCCUGCAGCAAGGAUUCAUCGUCAAACUGCUGCUGAUGCUAUUCUUCGGUGGGGUUCAAUGCUCACUGCUGUGGCAGAGCUCACUCUUCGAGACGUAUCAGAUACUGCACAACUCAUGGCCUCUAGCAUUUCAGGGCGCACUGUUCCUGCUGCUGGUAGCGUCCGUCCUACACACUUUGGACCGGCAGGGUGAGUACGUGUCGCGAACCGAUUUUCUCUGGAAAGCCAAACUGAAGGUUGAACAAGAGGAGGUGGAAACAAUGCGAGGGAUCAAUAAGAUUCUGCUGGAAAACAUUCUGCCGGCCCACGUUGCCCAGCAUUUCCUGAAAAAGGAGCGCGCUAUUCAGGAGCUGUAUCACGAGAGCUACUCUUCGGUGGCGGUUAUGUUCGCCUCCAUCCCAAACUACAAGGAAUUCUACGACGAAACCGACGUCAAUAAACAGGGCCUCGAGUGCUUACGGCUGCUCAACGAGAUCAUAUGCGAUUUCGACAAGCUCCUGCUGAAGCCCAAGUUCAGCGGUAUUGAGAAAAUCAAAACCAUCGGCAGUACGUACAUGAUUGCGUCCGGGCUGCGACCCGGCAAGGAGGAAGGAGCAACGGACGAUAAACGUACCGAAGAACACAACGUAGUCACGCUGGUGGAUUUUGCCAUCGCACUCAUGACCGCCCUGGACCAGAUCAACCGCGAGUCAUUCCAACGGUUUCGGCUGCGAAUCGGACUCAACCACGGACCGGUGAUAGCCGGCGUAAUCGGAGCUCAGAAACCGCAGUACGACAUCUGGAGCAACACGGUUAAUGUGGCCUCCCGGAUGGACUCCUGUGGCGUUAUGGGACGGGUGCACGUUACGGAAUACACCGCAAAAGUGCUGAUGGCCGCCGGAUACUCCUGCGAGUGUCGUGGUCCCAUUCCAGUCAAAGGAAAAGGCAUUCUUACGACUUACUUUGUUAGAACACCAUUCGACGAGCGAAUAUAAACCCAGCUACUAAUCAUCAGCAGGAUGACGGUCACAGGAUAUAUGCCAGUCACAGUCGCUACCCUUUUCAUUUGGCAUUUGGCAAACGGCAACAGCAUCUGACAGUUUGUUGCAACGGGUAAACAAUGAACGAAUGAGAUGGAUUUAUUGGGGGCAGUAAGAUAGACCCGUCAGAGUAUUACAAGCCACGUUUGGCUUUUGAAGAUAGGCAAAUAUACUAAGCGUUCAGUAUGUGUUUAGGGACACUCGUUUUUCGCUGAACUCAUGUUUUGAGGACAUGUAAUAUUUCUGUCGAAUUAUUCGACUAUAGUCUCUAGUGUCCCGGUAAACAAUAACAUUUAAUCUGUCAUGAAUUUAAAUCAAAAAACUUCCGAACAUCUCCAAUCAAAACACUUUUAGAAAGUAUACUAGACCACGAAGCUCAUCUGAGCAAGUAUAUGCAGAUGCUGGCUGAAAGACCAACCCGGUUAGGAAUUAGUUGAGCUUGUUUACAUACCAUUACAACAGCAUCGAUGAAAAGCUAAAUAAAAUUCAACCUAGGGAUAUUGCUUUGCAUUAAACGAGAGCGUAUAAAGUAAACAGCUCAACUACUGUUGAACUGUAAAGCCACCUAACAUGUAAUGAUCAUUGGGAAAGAUAAUAGCACAAUGAAGCCAGUACAAUAGAAGCAGUAUCAUAGAACAAAUGGAAGAUGUUAUAGAAGACUCACUUUUCUGAGCAGAUGUCGAAAAGUUUUUUCACCUCCACCUAACAUACUCACCCAUCCCCUAGACGAUGGAAUCGAGUGAGAUUUAUGUGGUAGAUAUAAGUUAUAUAGAGAACACCUUCUAUUAUCACUGUCAAAAGCAUCAUAAUCAUCAUCAUCAUCCUUGUCAUUUGCACGUCAUCCCAGACUCCAGAGCGAGCAUUUCGUAGCCUAAACACUACCGCCGAGUAACACGACUCACAUUUACCCCAUCAGAAUUCGGAUUCUUCCUUCAAAGCAGUUCACCAGUGAGAUGAGAACGUAUUAUUAGAAACUAUUAGCAAAGUCAAGCAAAAUCAAAGAUAGCUCCAUUUAAGAUUUAAUGUUUUAUAUAUGUAAAUAUUUUUUUCCACCUAUUGUAUUUGAAUCACGAUGACACAGUCAUUCAGAGAAUAUAAUGUCAAUUGAGAAAAUAUCUUCAAA